UCUCGCCCCAAAGAAACUCUCCUCGCCGGGGCCCCUGGGUUACCCGGGACUCGGGGCUAGGGGUAGAGGGCGACUACACUGCGCAAGAGAUCGCAAUGAAGUCCGUAGAUCUCCAGGCUGGAGCCGCAGAGGGAGGUGGCGAGGUGGAGAACGCGGGGCUGGGCCUGGACAGCGGCCCUGGGGUCGUCUGGAGUCCUCGCGCCCUCAACCCGGAAGGCAGCGGACUGACAUCUGCGCCGAAGUCUUGCGUAGCCCACGGAGGGUCGGGACCCUGGAAAUUUCGAACGCCCCAGCAGUUCAGGGCAGUCAUCGCUUUUCCCAAGCCGGGGAGUCCGGGGCCCCGCCAGGUUUCUCCGCGCUGUGACCUCGGGCGCGCAGAGCGGAGGGCGCCAAGCUCUCUGCUGGGUGUCGGAGGACGCGCCGAAAACAGGGACGUCUCUGCAGUGCGUCCGACACCAGCCGUCCAGUCCUGCUGCCUCCCGGGGUUGCUGCAGCCCGGGUUAUCUCGGCCCCCCAAGCUGCCCGGCUUUCGGCCUCCCCUGCUCUCCGCGCUGUGGGGUGGCGGAGGAUGGACCCAGGCUGACGCGCCGCGCUGGGCUGGGUACCUGGGAAGAGGGCCCGCCUCCCGGACUCCGAGUCGGGCACCUGUGCGAAAGAGGCGAAAAUUCAGGCCUGGUGCUCAAGGCUCAGAGAUGAGGAGACCUCCCCAUCCCCCCAAAUUCCUGCCGGCGGUGUUGGCGCUGACCUCCUGGAAGCUGGCCUCGCCCUGGGUAUUCCCCAGCGUUACGCGGGCCUGUGGAUCUAAUUUUAAUUCAUUUGUAAAACAAAAGGACCAACCCUUCCCGACUUUUGGCGGUGGAGGAGGCUCGUAG